CUGUAGUCUUUGCAUUUUUUCCGUUCACAAAUCAAAACAAAAGUUGCCGAACUAUGUUAAAUAGUACUGUAGCGAGCUUGAUUAUUAUCAAUGUGAACAUGUGUGAGCGACAGACUGAUACGUAUCACACUGACCUUCAGUAGAUUGUUAGAAACAGCGUUAUAAUGUUCCAGAUGAAAUAUGAAGAAGAAUCACGUGACAUUUAGCGUUUAAAAGGCUAUUACUUCCUUGUUUGGAUUGUAGUGUAGCCUAGCUAACYUUAGCAACAGUAGCAAGUCAAGUUUAACAAUGUGUCUGAAGAUAUGUUUGUGUUUUCUCACUAUUUUAGGAUCCUUAUAUGCCUCUGACGGUGGGUUCCGCUUUGCCUCCUAUUAUGGCGAUCACAUGGUUCUGCAGAAGGCCCCAGAGAGGGCUGUGUUGUGGGGCUAUGGACCCGAUGAUGCUGAGGUCACAGUCUUUCUAUCAGGAGGACCAGUCACUAACAAUGCACCUGCUGUCAGUGUGGCUGCCGGGAUAUGGAAGGUGGCCCUUGUCCCAAUGGAAGCUGGCGGCCCCUACAACUUGACUGCAGUCCUCCAGAACAACCACAGUAUCACUCUCACAGAUGUGCUGUUUGGGGAUGUCUGGCUGUGUGGGGGACAGAGCAACAUGGCUUUCACAACUUCUCAGGUGUUCAAUGCAUCAGAGGAGCUAGCGCUGGCCUCCAAGUUCCCCCAGGUGCGGAUCUUUAUGGCUGCCUUGGAGCAGAGCUACACUGAGCUGACUGACCUGGCUGGAGUGGAGGUGCCCUGGUCUGUCCCCACAGCAAAGUUGCUGGGUGGUGGGGAUUUCAAGCACUACUCUGCAGUGUGCUGGAUGUUUGGGCGCCACUUGUACAAGGUGCUGAAGUACCCCAUCGGCCUAGUGACGUCCUGCUGGGGAGGCACACCUGUAGAGGCAUGGUCCUCCCCACGAGCACUCCAACACUGUGACCUGGAUAGGAUUAACGGAUUCCCCAUGCCAUAUACACCUUCAAUGUAUUUGUCUGUGUGGACUAACUCUAUUUUGUGGAAUGCCAUGAUCCAUCCACUUCUCAACAUGACCAUCAAAGGAGCUAUCUGGUACCAAGGUGAGGCCAACACAGACUACAAUCAGAAGAAAUACUCCUGUUCCUUUCCCUCCAUGAUUGAUGACUGGAGGAUGGCUUUCCACCAGAGCUCAGGGGGACAGACUGCACCAGAUUUCCCCUUUGGAUUUGUACAGGUCUCUACGUAUAGAAAGGCCUCCUUAAGUGAGGGAUUUCCAAACAUACGCUGGCACCAGACUGCAGACUAUGGCUUUGCUCCCAACCUGCGUAUGAAGAACACAUUCAUGGCUGUUGCUAUGGACUUAGGAGAUGAAAUGUCUCCUUUUGGCAGUAUCCAUCCCCGGGACAAGCAGGACGUGGCCUAUAGACUGUCUCUAGGGGCGAGAGCUGUGGCUUAUGGGGAGGAGGGUGUCUCAUUCCAGGGGCCUUUCCCUAGCCGGGUUCUGGUCAAUGACCAGUAUAUCAACGUAACCUAUGACCAGAGAGUGUCUGUCACUCAAUCCAAAGAUAUCUUUCAGAUUUGCUGCUCAGUGGUGAGGGCACCCUGUGACUCUCUGUCACUGUGGGUCCCAGCUCCCAUACUGCAGUGGGGCCUUAGCGCCGUCCAAGUGUCCACGAAUUACUGUUCCAUGAAUAAUGUAGCCGGCCUGCGCUACGCAUGGAGGGACUGGCCUUGUGACUUUAAGGCAUGUCCUGUUUACAGUGCUGAUGGGGUUCUACCUGCACCUCCCUUCACUCUCAACCGCUGGCCAGACAAGCAGUGAGAUGAGAACCCCCCUCUGCUAGGAAUGGAUUAUUCCACCCAAAUAUGGUGUGGUGGUUAACAAGAUGCACUUGUGUCAAGACUGGAAAUGAAAUGCUUACAUUUCCUCUUGAGUCAUCAGUGUGAAGCUGAUUGCAGUCUUUCAGUGUGUGUAUUUUUGAAUUGUCUUGACAUAAUUAUGUAGUUAUCUACAAAAACCAAUAACCUCUUUGGCUUGUUUACAAUUGCACUGAAGCUGAAUCAUUCUAUAAUUUUUCAUAUUGUAUUCUACGUUUAUUUACGCAGUGGGAAAUGUGUUUUGAAUGAUACAAUGAGCAAUGGUUGCCAAUCACUAUUGCCUUAUUUCAUUUUACUAUCAUUGAUCAUCAAAUAAACAAGUUAGUGGGUUUUUAUUGAAAUGCCAGGUGUUGUCCAUCUACAUUGUCCACCAAAUCAAUUAUAGUUCUAUCUACACAGUGCUACAGGGGUCAGCUUGAAGGUGCUCUACACAAAGAGACCAGAUUAACUGUUUCUUUCACAUGAUAGCAACAAUGUGGUAUGCUAAUGAGGGUAUUAGAAUGUGCAACGAGGUUUACCAGUGACUUUGUUCCCGUAUCCAUCCCCGAGACAWGCAGAACGUGGCCUACAGACUGUCUCUAGGGGUGAGAACUGUGGCUUAUGGGGAGGAAGGCGUCUCAUUCUAGGGGCCUUUCCCUAGCCGUUACCCAUGAGCAGAGUCUGUCACUCAAGCCACAUAUGUAUAUACUACCGUUCAAAGGUUUGGGGUCACUUAGAAAAGCACUCUUUUUGUCCAUUAAAAUAACAUCAAAUUGAUCGAAUAUAUCUACAGAGGCCCAUUAUUACUCUUCUAAAAGCUUUAAGCAGUUCACAUAUGAAUACUGUGAGAAUACAAGGCUACGUUCCAAUAUGGAAACUAACAUACCACUUAGGAUGCAUGUAUUGAAUCAUUCUAAGUGGUAUGCUAAUGAGGGUAUUAGAAUGUGGAACAAGAUGUUUACCAGUGACUUUGUUCCAGUAUCCAUCCCCGGGACAAGCAGGACGUGGCCUAUAGACUGUCUCUAGGGGCGAGAGCUGUGGCUUAUUUGGAGGAGGUAGUCUCAUUCCAGGGGCCUUUCCCGAGCCGGGUCUUGGUGAAUGACCAGUAUCUCAACAUUAUUUAUAACCAGAGAAUCUUGGUCGCUCAAUCCAAAGAUAUCUUUCAAGUUUGAUGCUGUACUUGUAAUGUGUAUUAAUUAUGUUAUGGUAUAGUGUUUCUACCGAAUAUGAAGAGGAUGAGCUGGAUCAACUGGGUCUGAAUUCUUUGUUGUCAUGCAGGCUUUUCCACCCAGCUCCCAUACUUCAGUGGGGUGUUAGCGCCAUCCAAGUGUCCACGAAUUACUGUUCCAUGAACAAUGUAUCCGGCCUGUGCUACGCAUGGAGGGACCGGCCUUGUGACUUUAAGGCAUGUCCUGUUUACAGUGCUGAUGGGGUUCUACCUGCACCUCCUUUCACUCUCAACCGCUGGCCGCUUUGUUUUUGAAUGAUACCAUAUUACCUUGUUCUAUUAUUUGAUGAUAGUAAAAUGAAAUAAAAUGUUUUUAUUGAAAUGCCA